AUGACUUCCCAGAGUACCUUCCGCCGGGACGCGGUUGUCUCCACCGAGAACGCUCCUGUUCCCUUGCCUGUUUUCUCGCAGGCCAUUGUUGCCAACAACAUCGUUUACGUUUCCGGCAAUGUAGGCAUGAAGCCGUCCACUGGGAAGCUGGAGCAGGGCGUUGCUGCGCAAACUACUCAGGUCCUGAAAAAUCUCCAGGGCGUCCUGGAGGCUGCUGGGUCUGGGCUCGGCAAAGUCAUCAAGGUGAACGUCUACGUGACUGACAUGAGCAAGUUCGCCGAAAUGAACGCGGCGUAUUUGGGAGUCUUCGAAGAACCUCAGCCGGUAGGCAAGAAAACACCUUUCGGAGUCGGUGUUAAUGCAACCAAACAUCUGACUCGCGCUGUUUCGGGUUUGCCUUUCGGGGCUCAGGUCGAGAUGGAGUGCCAGGCACUGCUCUGA